ACUGUCUGAAGAGCCAUGGAGAGUUAGCCUUGCUGUCUUGCUUACACUGAUAAUAGGCCUUUGUCCGUCCUUCUAAAAUCCAUGAUGAAAAUCAUUCAUGCAGUAAUAUCGAGCUGUGUAUAUCAUACUAUGUAUCAUUGUUUACCAUUCGCAUAGGUUUCUUAUUAUAGGCGGGAUUAUAAGACAACUUUCUCUGCACACCGAUCACCAGUAGGUUCUCUUUGACGUCAGUUAAAGGGAGGGUCGUAAUGUUCAGGGCAGCGCCAGGAUAUUUUGAUAGAGAGGACGAGACGAUCUAAAGAGGCAGCAAAGAGUCCUCACUGAUUGAGGAGCAGACGCCGAAGGAUCAAGCUUGGACGUCGACAGAACUCUACCCAGCUUUGAUGGUCAAUGUUCUGGAAACAAGGUUGACCAUCAUCAAAUAAUCCCACGUGUGAACUCUUGCAGAGGAGUUGAGGUGAUUCCAAAGUUACCAAACGGCAUAGACGACAACAAUAUCAAAAACAGUAGCAGCGGUAGCAGCAACGACAGCAAACACAACUUUUGAAGUGUCAAAGCUAAGAAAUACAAAUGGUGAUGGCAAGCGACAAUUCGUCUACUGACGGCUGUUCGUCCCAAGUCAAUUCAGCAACGGAGGAAGCAAUUUUUCUUGGAUCUUUCGGAGGGGGUAUAGCUCUUCUUGUCAUCCUAUCUCUACUAAGUGUUGCUACGAUUAUUAUGUUCAUACACUCGUAUGUUGGGAUUAGGCACCGUGUUAAAAGUCAAAGCAGGAGAAUAUUUCUUAUCCGACUUUUCGCCAUUUUUCCGAUCUACUCGGCCACAUCUUUAGCAGGAGUUUACUUUCCACGGGCGUCGCUCAUAACAGGUUGGGGAUCUAGUUUGUACCUGUCUAUGACGAUGUACACCUUCGUUCUACUUGUCAUCGACUACUAUGGAGGUCUUGAAGCCAUGGAGCGUCAUCUUGAGGGGGUCGAGGUAUCCCUCUCAGCCCCACCCCUUACGUGCUGCUGCCCUUGCUUACCUAAGGUUGUCUUCAUGGACCACUUCCACGGGAUGAGAGUGCUAGUUUUGCAAGCAGUUUACCUCAGACCCCUAACAACCAUCAUUGGGGCUAUCUUAUGGACCGACGGAAUCUACGCACCUAGAAUCGGACCCGACUCGGCCUUUCUCUAUCUGACCAUCAUCAGUCUUAUAUCAUCACUGGUUGCUGUCUAUGGUCUCUCCGUCAUGUACAACGCUACGCUAAAACACCUCCGACAUUUCAUGAUCGGCGUAAAGUUUGCCGUCCUCAAAUGCGUAAUCAUUGUGACGAAUUUACAGAACAUGAUCAUCGCCGCCCUCUCCGCGGCCAAUGCCAUCCCGUGUUCCGGAGCAUUUAAUUCGCCAGCAAGAGGAACGCUCAUCUACCACAUCCUGGUCAUCUGUGAGAUGUUUCUCAUCCUCCUCGUCCUUAAGAUCUACUACGCCCAAUGGUCGAAGAAACACGAAUACGGCAAACACUUCUCGUCGAAGGCUUCGGUCGGCGACCUCAAGCCCGCAGCCGAAGAGAAGCCACCCGCGGUCGGGGCCACCAACGAGGGCAUGGACGAUGUCGAACUGAAGGCGGGUGUCAAUGGGGAAUCGAAGUCGAGCCCGGAUAAGAGCGACACUGGCGUAUGAUCACGAGGGUUUAUGACUUAUGGAUUGCAUCUCGUGAUCAUUGCAAGAAUGGGGGUCAUAAACCGCUAAAGGAUGAUGAUAUCGACGACGAUGAUGAUGAUGAUGGUGAUAUGGUGAUGAUGAUGAUGAUGAUGAUGAUGAUGAUAGUUGAUGAUAAAAAAUAAUUGAUAUGGAUAUUAAUAUCAAUAUUUUUAUCGUGAUAAUGAUAAUUCUGAUGAUAAUUUUAUUGAUAAUGGCCCGGAAAAUGGGGGAUGAUCAUAUCAAUAUUAAUAUUACUGAUCAUAACCUUAAAAAUGGUAAUAGUAAUAUGAGUGAUACCAAAACGUUAACACUAUUACCAGAGGCAUGAAUUUACUUAUUAUCCAAAAUAAAUGUGCUUAUAUAUACCUUUAACAGAAAAGGUUAAAGAAACGCGGUGGAAAGGUCACUAAUUUUAUCAGCAAUAUAAUUUUUAUAGAUACCGAAUACCUGGGCACUGGGAACGACUUUUUUUAAUAGGGGUGCUGGUCUAAAUUUGACAAGCAAAAGAAAAAAAAGGUGUUUGUGGUUAAAUUUCUGCUACUUACCAUACCUACCUGAUUUCCAGGGGGUGCCCCCAGCACCCCUGCUUCCAGGGGCCAUGCUGAAUAUUAUUAUGUAGAUGUAAAAACAACAGUUAAUGCAACGAUGAAAUUUAAACCCACACACAGUGACAUAAAGUGGUUUAAUCGCUUGGUAUGAUUUGAUUCAAUAUGAUUUGUAUAAUUAUUGCUUGCUCAAUGCUUGAUUUCAUUCGUUAUUGUAUAUACGAACUGUAUUUUAUAUUGUGCACUUGAGAAAGAGAGAGCAGGGCGAUAAUUAGGGAGAGAUAGAGGCUGGGGGUGGGAGUAAUCCAAUUGCAGUCACAGUAAAGCUUCAAUGGAUAAAAAAAAUCAUUGAACUUGGAGGAGCCUGUUUCUCUCUCGAACGCUAUUGACUGUUUACAUAUUUUAUUGCCAUUUUUAUAUGUAUAAUAUCAUUAAUCCUUUUAUUUUGAUUAUUAUACUUAAUUUGAAAGUUUUGAAAUUUUUUGUUGUGUUGUAUAUCAGCCGUCAACAUUCACCUAUAUGAUACACGUAUAUAAUAUUAUUUUCAGUUUGUUCUUUAGCUAGGCACGAUUUUUACCACAGGCAGUAUAGGCUCGCUAUAUAAAAAUCAAUACCGGCGUCUUUCAUGAGGACAUGAUAUAUGUGUUAAUAAAAAUAUGUAAUUUGAACACGUUAAUACCAUGAAUCGUUUGAUUAUAUUUUUGUGUUGAUGAAGUCUCAAACAGAUGUCUCAUGGUUAUUCCAUCUCCCGGGUUCCAUCUACAUAAUGACAUAGCGAAUAAAGAAAAAUUCGAUCCCGUGUUAUACAAGUAUAUCUCCAGCUAUCACAUGCCUUGAAUAAUAAAAUAAGAUUGUCAUAUUAUACGAAGAGAAAAUAAAUCUGUUCAUCUGGAAUUUAAUUGAAACGGAGAACACUUUCAAAUUCAUUGUUAUAUGAAUUACAGGAAUCGGGGUGAGUAGACUUUCCGAAAACAAGAAUUUCCAACACCUUUGCUACGAAGGUCACAUGAAUUAAUAUCUCUAAUGUUUGUGUAUAUAGUACUCCAUGAUUAUCAAAUGUAUAAAUAAAUUUUGGUAUCGAUUGUAUGGCUAUAUACAUACCGGGUAAGGACGGUACAGCGCGAGAACACUCUUAAAAUGUUGGGCAACAUACUGUCCACACAUCAAUUGGUUAAACAUUUCUUAUCCAACUCUGGGUAGUUUUCAACCAAUAUUGUGUAGUUUUCACCCAAAGCACACAUUUUUGGUUUAAAGCUACCCAGAAUUGGAUAAAGUUUUAACCAUUGUUGUGUGGACAGUAUAAUACCCAACAUUUUUAAGAGUGUAUGAAUAAAUAAUUUCAUGAUAUGCGUCUA